GGAAUAUAAUCCACACUAUCGCAGUUAUUUUCACAUUUAUUCCUAGAUUAUAUAUAGUAUUAUGCAUAAUGCGCACAUCUGAAAAUUAUAUUAAUUUUCAGGAUGGUAUCUUAUGGCUCCAUAAAUUGAGUAACUACGGUGGUUGUGUAGUUUUACUGGAGGAUAUGUGUGGGAUGUUUGGGCUAUUAUGUUUUGGAAUUGUCUUCUUAAUUCUAUUGGUGUAUUUUAGCGUUGUUGUAAAGAACGAACGCAAACACAGGCAUGUCCCACAUUCCUCUUUUUCUGAAGACAGUUACUCUGGCCCUUUGAAAUGUAAAAUGACUUUCGACAAAAAUAAAGGUCAUGAUGUGAACGAUGGCUUGAGAUCUCUUCCCCAUUCGGUCACUCAUCUCGCUGUUAUAAUGGAUGGAAAUCGACGCUACGGGAGAGAACGUUACCGCCAGUUUGAAAAUUCAACGCCAAUAGAAGAAAUUCAGUCCUUUUGCAAAAGGAUUAGCACUGAAGUUUCUGAAGUUAACAAUGUAAUUAUCUCUGAUAAUACUCCCCAUCUAAGCAGAACUUGGUUUAAUGAUAGAUAUACAAAGCUUUCGCGCUUAAUUAAGAACACUUUUUUCGAUGGACAUCGCCUCGGCGGCGAAAAGCUCAUUGAAUUUGUAAAGGAUUGCAUUGAAGCACGUAUAGCAAUGCUUACAGUAUAUGCGUUUUCGACGGAUAAUUGGAACCGCCCAGUAGUGGAGUUGAAUGUUUUAAUGACGCUCUUCUUCUUAUUUUUUGGAAAAAUUCGAUCCACUACGUACAAGUAUGGUAUUUUUAUUCGAUUUGUUUCGACCGAACCUGGAAAGCUACCCAUACACGUACUUAAGAUGAUGGAGUCCUUGGAGUGUGAUUCCAGGCUUAUAUCUCCACGCCGCAUAACGGUAAAUAUCUGUGUCAGCUAUAGUGGUCAAUCCGAAAUGGUAACCGCUUUCAACCGAAUCUUUCAGAGACGAUUAAGCUCUGGUGAUACACGUGAGAUCUCAAAGGAUGAAAUUUCAGCUGAAAUGCUUCAGAGCAUAACUCAAGCAAAUCAUGAGGAGGAAGACAAGAAGGUCUUUACGAACUCGGUACCUAGAGAGCCACAACUCAUCCUGCGAACGAGCGGAGAGCAGAGGAUUAGUGACUUUCUUCUGUAUGAAUGUGCUUAUAGUGAAUUUGAAUUUAUUUCAAAAAAGUGGCCUGAGAUAACGAGGAUGGACUUGAAGGAAGCGCUUCUAAAAUACUUCAAACGUGACAGACGCCUGGGAAGAUAG